AUGGUGUCAGAGCUCAACUCAGAGGACGCAAAUUAUCAGGCAGCGAUGUCCUCUCCUGAUGAAGAGCCAUCGGCUAGUGUGACUGCGCUCCUGUCGUCUGCGUUUUCAGCUGCCCUGUCGGCCGCCAUGGAGGUUGCCAUGAGCGUGGAUGCCAAGGCGGAUCUCGCCACUCUGCUGGACGAAUGGGAAGAAGCACAGCGGGGCGCCUCAGAGCGGCUAGUGCCCAUCCUGACCAAAAUAUCUGAGCUGAUUGAACGGGAGACGGGAGAAUAUUACAAAGCGGACCCUGAUCCUUUUGAUGAUCGUCAUCCAGGUCGGGCGGACCCAGAGUGCAUGCUGGGACAGCUGCUAAAGAUGCUUUUUAUGAAUGAUGACUUCACUAAUGCGCUUUUGGACUCGUAUAUAAUGACCAGUCGAGAGCUGAGCCUCAACACAGCAGCAUGUCGCCUCCUGCAGAACAUCAUGCCGGGCCUUGAUGCUGCUGUCGUCUUUGAAGAAAAGGAAGGGCUGGUGGAGAAGUUGUUCAGUUGGGCCCGUGAAGCCGAGCGUCCACUCUGCGUGUACGCCACAGGCCUGUUGGCCAGAGCCAUGAGCAACCAGGAAGUGGCGGCCAACUACAGAGAGCAGAACGCCCAACUGGUACCGAUCAUGAUUAAGCGCCUCCAUGAGCUGCAGACAUCAGAGGCUGAGACCAACUCCAGCCCCUCCCAGACCCCCAAGAAUCUACCUCAAGACUCUCAGGGUGAAACCACCAAAACCUCAAGUGUUGCAACAGACCAUCAAAGCAAGGCUGAUGUGGACAAAGAGGAAGAGAGAAAAGAAAGAGGAGGAGAGAGCAGCAGGUCGGCGUCAGAGACCAAACCUCCAGCUCUGCCCUGCUCAGCAUCCAAAAGUGGUGGCGGCAGCAGCAGCUCCACCCGACUGCUUCCAGACAUUGUUUACCAAGCGAGCCCAGACUCUGCCACCGAGGAGGUGGAGGACUCUCAGGGAGGAGGAGGGAACAGACAGGCCGUUAGAGAGAACGGGAGGAAGGCCAAGCAGAAGCUCAACUUUACCACCUCUUCCAGCAGGACUGAGGAGGAGGAGGCAACAAGAGAAGCAAAUGAACAGCCGACCAAUAGCUCGUCGUGGUCCGAGAUGAGCUCGGUGGUGAUUGGCUCUGACUACUGCCUGUCACCACUGAGCCCGGCCAUGGAGCAGAGGCUCAUCCUGCAGUAUCUGACGCCACUCGGAGAUUACCAGGAGUUGCUUGCGGUCUUCAUGAAACUUGAUACACGGUCCUUGCUGAUGAACUACAUUGACCUCAGGAAGACCAAGAAUGUCCAGCUCACUUUUGAUGCCCUCUUGUAUCUGGCCUCAUUGCUCCUUCACAAGAAGUUUGCUGCAGACUUCAUUGCUCAUGGAGGAGUGCAGGAACUUCUGGAGAUCCCGAGGCCCUCCAUGGCAGCAACAGGAGUCUCUCUCUGCCUCUACUACCUGGCCUACAACCAAGACGCCAUGGAGAGGGUGUGCAUGCUCCCAGACGGCGUGCUGUCAAACAUGGUGUCGUACGCCCUGUGGCUGUUGGAGUCGUCCCAUGCUUCUGGCGUUUGCCACGCAACCAUGUUUUUCUCCAUUUCGUUUUCAUUCAGAGUGGUGUUGCAGCUCUUUGACGAACAGGACGGCCUCCGCAGGCUUGUCAAUCUGAUCAGCACUUUGGAGAUCCUUAACAUAGAGAAUGAAGUGUCCAUAAUGAGCGAUGACCAGGUUUUCUCCAGCCGACAGACGGCCAAACACACCUGCAUGGCACUGCGCAGGUACUUUGAGGCUCACCUGGCAGUGAAAACGGAACAGGUCAAACAGUCCCUGCAUGCGUCAGACAGCGGGACUAUUGUUCCCCAACAGCCAUUUUACAAGGCCUACUCCUAUCCCAGAGAGCAGAUCAUUGAGAUGAUGGAGUUUCUUAUUGAGUGUGGACCUCCUCAGCUGCACUGGGAGCCAGUUGAGGUUUUCUAUAAGUUGUCUUGCGUUCCUUUAAUGCUGCAGCUGAUAUCCACAGCCUGUGACUGGAAGACCUACUAUGGCAGGAGUGACACUGUGCGCUAUGCUCUGGACAUUCUGGCCAUCCUGACCGUGGUUCCUAAAGUCCAGUUGGUGCUGGCUGACACCAUAGACGUGUUGGAUGAAAACAGGUCCCCUGUCUCAACUGUGGGUAUGAGCAUCAUCUUGGGCGUUGCAGAAGGGGAAGUGUUUCUGAAUGAUGCUGAAAUCCAGAAGUCUGCACUACAAGUGAUAAUAAACUGUGUAUGUGCCCCAGACCAAAGCCUGAACACUGUUGGUGCUUUUGCUGCCCCUCUCAGGCAGUCCAUUCACUCACAUAAGCCCCACACCCCCCACAACAGGGUGCUGGCGCACAUGUGGCAGCUGGUGCAGAAUAAUAACGGUAUAAAGGUGCUUCUGUCCCUGCUCUCGGUGAAGAUGCCCAUCACAGAUGCAGACCUGAUUCGUGCGCUGGCCUGUAAAUCUCUGGUUGGGCUUUCCCGCAGCUCUGCGAUCAGACAGAUCAUCAGCAAGCUGCCGCUCUUCACCAGCGGCCACAUUCAGCAGCUGAUGAAGGAGCCAGUGCUGCAGGACAAACGAAGCGAGCACGUUCGCUUCUGCCGCUAUGCCGCUGAACUGACCGAGCGAGUGUCCGGCAAGCCUCUCCUCAUGGGCACCGAUGUCUCUCUGGCUCGUCUGCAGAAGGCCAACGUCGUUGCUCAGUCACGCAUCACCUUUUCUCAGAGAGAACUCCUCGUGCUCAUCCGGAACCACCUCACGGCCAAAGGGCUCCAUGACACUGCCAACACACUCGUCAAAGAGGCCAAUUUACCCGCGGCCUCCCUCUGUGCAAACACCCCGUCCUCCUGUGCCACUCCACCCCCCGCUGCCUCCGCCAUACCCAGGACCUGCCGGCUAGCUGUCGGGGUGGCGGCUCGCAUUGGCAGCCAUAUUGGAACCUCUCCUGUGUCGUCUUCUGCUCCCUCUUCUUCCCGGUUGCUCCUGUCACCUUCCUGCUCCUCUGCAUCUACCUCUGCCCUCCUGACCCCUCUUUCUCAGGCUAAUGCUGCACCUCAUGCGCAGGCCUCACAUCCUGUCGGCCGGAUUUUGUUCUCACGAGAACGCCCGGCAGCCCACUGCAGCUCAGGAAGAAAACUGCGUGCCCUGAAACAGAAGUCUGACCACGGUGCUUUCAUCCAGACUCCAGCCAUGAAGAAGCAGCUGGAGCGCCACCUGCCUUCCCCGCCAUCGCUGGACAGCAUCAUAACGGAGUACCUGAGGGAGCAGCACGCCCGCUGCCGCAAUCCUGUCACCACCUGCCCUCCAUUUUCCCUUUUCACCCCCCACCGCUGCCCCGAGCCCAAGCAGAGACGACAGGCGUCGCCCAACUUCACUGCCCGCCUGGGAAGCAGGAUGCUGUACCCCAAAUAUGGAGGAGUGGACCGGGGGUGUCUGGACAGACAUCUGAUUUUCAGCAGGUUUCGCCCAAUGUCCGUCUUCCAUGAAGGCGAUGAGGAUGAAAGCAGUUUCACCUGUUGUGCCUUCUCAGCCCGCGAGCGAUUCCUGAUUCUGGGAACCUGCCUCGGUCACCUCAAGUUCUACAAUAUCUUUUCAGGAGAGGAGGAGGCCAGCUACACCUGCCACACCUCUGCCAUCACACACCUGGAGCCCUCCAGGGAUGGGAAACUGCUGCUCACCUCUGGUUCCUGGAGCGUCCCCCUGUCAGCCCUUUGGAGCAUGGACGAUGUGUUCAGCAUGAAGAACUCUUUUGCAGAUGAUCACUAUGUUGAGUUCAGCAAACUCUCUCAGGACAGAGUCAUCGGCACCAAGGAUCAGAUCGCACAUGUCUACGACAUACAUACGGGUCAGAAAACCAUGACCCUGAAUGACCCAGCCCUGGCCAACAACUACAAGAGGAACUGUGCAACCUUCAAUCCCACCGACGACCUGGUGCUGAACGACGGCGUGCUGUGGGAUGUCCGGGCGACCCGGGCCAUCCACAAGUUUGACAAGUUCAACAUGAACAUCAGCGGAGUUUUUCAUCCCAAUGGCCUGGAAGUCAUCAUCAACACGGAAAUUUGGGAUCUGAGGACCUUCCACCUCCUGCACACCGUUCCAGCCCUGGACCAGUGCAGAGUGGUCUUCAACAGCAAUGGCACCAUCAUUUAUGGAGCGAUGCUGCAAGCUGAUGACGAGGACGACGUAAUGGAGCAACAGAUGAAGAGUCCCUUUGGCUCAUCCUUCAGAACCUUUGAUGCCACAGACUACAAGCCGAUUGCUACUUUGGACGUGAAGAGGAACAUAUUUGAUCUGUGUACUGAUGCCAAAGACUGCUACCUGGCUGUCAUAGAGAACCAGGACGCAGCGAGCUUGGACACGGUUUGUCGUCUGUACGAAGUGGGACGACAAAAACUGGCCGAGGAAGGAGAUGAUGAUCAGGAUGAUGAAGAUCAAGACGAAGAUGACUCUUCAGACACAGAUGAUGAUGACGAAGAUGAUGACGAUGAUGACAUAGACACUGACCCGCUCAUAGAAGAACUGGUCAAUAAUGAUGAAGCAGAACACCAAGACAGAGGGACCUCUCCUGCAGAUGAAGGGAUUGCAGGUCUCCUUGGCAGCAGCAGUGACAACGACAACAGUAACAAUGAUGAUGACGAUGAUGAUGACAAUGACUCAGAAGACAUGAACAAUUCAUACGGAGCUGGUGGACCUGACCCAUUUAGUCCCAACAACUUGGAAUUCUUCAGUGAAGAAUCGGAUGAUGAAGACUGAGUUUUUCCAGUCUGCCGCAGACCCAUGGUUCUCCUGACCCGGGGGAAGACGCCUCCCUGCUGAUAAUGUGAACUUGAAGAAGGGAUUUUGUUCUUUUUUCUUUUUUUUUAAACCAUCAUCUCAUUUAUGCAGCCAAAUUGAGGGUGAGCCCACCGAUAUUUACGUCUGUGUCCCCAAAGACAGAAAAUCAGCACCUAUCAUCUCUGAAUAAUUUUUAAAAACUUGGAGAGAUGGUGAAUAAAUGUAUGUCUCAGUUCACAGAUGUCAGACAGAUGUUCUGACCGCUGUGGACGCCUGUUUCUGCUUCUGCUUUCAGUCGAGUAUUUAUAAAAUGAGUGUGAUUGGUGUUUUGCUCAGAGGGAGAACUUUUUCUUUAGUUUUAAUCACACACAUUAAGAGAAGCAACAAAAACUCUUGCUGAUGUAAACUGUCUGUUCAGGAUUGUACGAUUCAGCCUGAAGCUCAAAAUAAAUUAGGACGCGUCCGGUUUUUCAUACUGAAACAUUUACUUUUCACUAAAGCACCACUCAUAGAGGCUUUGUCCCUUCCAUCUCAAAUGUUCAGAUGUAGCUUAAAGCAAAAGUUUAUGAGUGAUCAAACUGGAUUCACAGAAAUGAUCCCAGCGGUACUUUUUGUUGUCCUCGGACACAGAGACUUAAGUAACAAAAAUCCUGUGUGCAUAUAUGAAGAGACUUUAAUAAUAGUGUUUUCAGACACUGACACGUCCUGAGGAGGACCUUAAAGAAACUAUUCAAAAGAAGACAUGAAAAGAUUGCUGAUCUAUUUGAUUGUAUGCGUUAGAAUUACUUCUGUUUCCAGGCUCAAAACGAAUAAUGAGUCUCUAUGUCUAAGAAGGGAGUCAAAAUGUCUGUAAGUCCACAAAGCAGAUUAGUAUUAUUUCCAGUUCCAACAAAUGUGGAAUCGCAUGAAAAUCUAAUAAUUGAGUUUUUUUACAACCUUAAAAUGCCAACGUACAGUCCAUCAUGUGGAUGUUCCGGCAGUUCGUGGAGGUCCCUGCAGCUGUGGGAAACAUCUGGAAGCUUUAGGUGGUCCUGUUAUAAAAUCCAACCCACUCAUCUCAUUUUCAGCCCCAUUUGAAUUAGUUUUUGUUGAGCAUUUGAGAGAGUUGGUGGUUUUUACAUUUUAGGGGAUUGUUUUUUUUCCUUUUUUUUUGUUUGCUUUUUUAGCUCUAGUUAUGACCGGGUGUCCUGUUGGGAAAACAGGAAGCAGUAAGCAGCGCCUGUGGAACCGAUGACUGAAAUGUGCUAAAUUAUUAUAAUAAUUUUUUUGUUAAGACGUUGAACUUUUAGAAGAAGUGAAGCCAUCGUUUAACAACAUUGUAUUUUGUUUAAGACCGUAUAAAGAAAUGGAUGCAGACGCACAAAUGAGCCACAUAUUGUUUGGAGGUUUGUAGCAGCUGAUAAUGUCGGCCAACAGGGGCUUCUCUUUUCUGGAGGGGAUCAUUUCAGGAAAUAUUCCACUGCUGUGACUAUCAAUUGAAAUUUGAUGUCUGAUUUAUGUGAUUUUUUUUUCCGAUAAUAAUCUGAGAAAUGAAAAAAAAACAAUCGUGCUUUGCAGCCGUUUCAAGAAAAAACUUCCCCCCAUUUAAGGAGCACACAAAGAUGAUUUUAUUUCUCUUAAGUUAUCAGCUGCUACAAAGUUUUAUCGAAUGCAAGUCAUGUUAUUCUACAACCGGCGUACCUCAUAACUAAUCGUUUGUAACUUAAAGGUUUGUACUUUUAUUUUAAAAGUACUGGCGUGUACAAACAAUGGGCAGCCACCCUUACAGAUGAAUGACACGAGCAGCCAUUUGUAGGUCGUUGAGACAUGUUGGACCAACUCUAUGCAGUUCGAAAGGGUGGAGACACAAAGCCAGAGGCCUAAGUUUGCUUCCCUUUGCUUUUGAGAUCUGAUAUGACGCUAAGCUGCACAGCUGGAGCCUCUCACUGAAAACCUUUUCAGUUUUUUAUUUUAUUUUUAAAUUUCUUUUCCCAAAGUUGGGUGUCUACGCGGAUGUAUCCUCUUGCCUGAAAGAGCAAUUUGCACACCAUGUUGGUGUUAACCAUUUACAACUUGAAUUCAUGCUUGAUGAAAGUGUGGCUUCUAAAACUUCCACUUUUACAACAAAUUGUGUGUUUAUGUAAAUGUUUGGAUUGUUUGAAGUGGUUUCAGUGGCUGUCACUCUAUAAUUCAGACAAGUUCCUAAUAAAA